CCUGCACGGAGCUGCAGUAUAUGAGGGUCUCCUGGGUCUGGCUUCACUGCAGUGUAGACGAGGGCAGGACGGCUGCUUCAGUACGAUGCGCUGAAGGAUGGUGCACCAGGAGAAACGCAUUUACCAGGCCCAGCGGAAUGAGAGAGAGUCCAUCAGGCAGAAACUCGCUCUGGGCAGUUUCUAUGACGACGAGCCCGUCAUCUAUACCAGCUGCAGCAAGACCGGCCCGCCCUCCCGGCUGCAGAGCGGGGUGAACCUGCAGGUCUGCUUCGUGAACGACAGCAGCAGUGACAAAGACAGCGAUGCCGAGGACAGCCGGACCGAGACCAGCCUGGACACGCCGCUGUCUCCCGUGAGCAAGCAGAGCUCGUCGCUGUCGGACCGAGACACGGCGGAGGAGGACUCGGAUCCGCUGGAUGACUGCGGGGGGUUCUGGCGGGUGCAGCGCAGGCUGCAGGAGGAGGCCCGGGUGGCGCUGGCCCUGGCUCGACCCAUGGCCCGCAUGCAAGUGGAGGUGGAGCGGCAAAUCCAGCUGCACAGACGGUCCCCCGUGGCCGACCUGCUCCCCCAUCUGCCGCACAUCAGCGAGGGCCUGAUGAAGAGGAACCUGAGGCGAGGAGACAUGAGCGACAUGAGCCUGGGACAGCUGCAGGUCAUCACCAAUGAUUUACACUCACAGAUUCAGAGUUUGAAUGAGGAGCUGGUGCAGCUGCUGCUGAUGAGGGACGAGCUGCAUGUGGAGCAGGAUGCGAUGCUGGUGGACAUCGAGGACCUCACCAGACAUGCACACAUCCACCAGCGGCACCACUCGGAGAAAACUCUCUCUAAAUAAAGCGUCCUGUGUGCACACCUGUGUCCGUCCAAGGCUUUUCACCUCCACUCUGCAUGACCAAUCAUGCCGUGUUUUGUAGUAUUACAGGGAUCCUCUCCACCUCAUUCC